AUGCCUACCUAUCUCUGCCACGGCUUCCGUUGGAAGAGGCGCAGCAUCAGGGUCUACGUGGUUGUCCAGAACCUCGACGAUGCUGCCCCCGAGUGGAUCAUCAAGCGUGGCUCUCCCCGCAACCUCAUCGAGUCUUUCUACGAUCUCUUUGACUUCCUCCCAGAGUGUGCCCUGCCCACAACCCGCUCCAGCAGUGCCGCUCCCCCGUCCAAUUCAGUGGCCCCGUCUUCAGAGCAGAGCUGGUCCCCCGUGAAGCUGCUGGAAGAGCACGAUCCUGCUAACCUGCACGAGGUGUCCCGGCCCUAUGCCUAUGUUGCCGACUAUGUCACGCGUAUCGAUGCCUCGUGCAGCAUCGUGGAAGAGAUCCAGCGGUACGAAACCCGCCGUGACACCACCAAGCUUGGCAAGGGGGCUGGCUGGUUCGAGCAGCUGAGGGAUCAGCUGCAGCGGGGUGAGGAGAUCAGGUGGUAUGUCGUCGUCAAUGGGGAUGAGGACAGG